AUGGCGACAAAGGGCGGCGGUAAUUUCGACGACCCUUCAAUCCCUUCCUUUUAUGUCUACAACCUUGUGGAUGAUACUAGUAGGAAGGAGCUUUGGGGGCCAUGCGCUAAAUUUGGUAGUCUGGUUGAUGAGUCGGAGUAUAUUGAGAAAGAGCUGAAAGGGAUCAUUCUUCGUGGCGGGAAGUUGGCUGCAAACUUUGCCAAGCAUCCCCGAAAACUCCUUGUUGCGGCUGCCGUUAGAAGGCCGAUGGCAUAUAAACAUCCAUCUGCUCCUCAUGGAGUGCGUAUGCAAGGAAAUGUUAGGGACUCUAGGUCCUUUGUCGACGUUGCCAGAGUAAUGAUGUCUCCCAGGGGAAAAUUUGUGUUCUUACUGCUUCAAAAAAAACUGAACGAAGAAGUCAUGGUUUCUUUGGAUGGAAUUCUUCAUAAAGUUGUUGUGUUCGAGGUUGAUGACGAAUGGUUCCCCUUCACGCAGAUCAAUUCAGGCUCUUCGAGUGAUUUAGGAGAAGAAUGUGGAGAGGAUGAAGGUGUCUUAGAUAUGUGA